UCGUUCGUACGCGCGGCCCCUCGAUCGUCGGUACACCGUGUAUUUAUAUUAUUAUUUAUUAUUUUCUUCCCCUCCGCCGCGCCGUCGUCCGUUGUUGUUAUUCGUUUGGAAAUUCGCCGCCGAGCUCGUUCGCCGUUGUGUGUAGAACUGUGUGCGCGCUUAUCGCCCCGUGUGUGUGUGUGCGGUGCGUUUUUUUAAUUUUCGUGCGUUUUUCUCCGUGUAAACAUCGUAUUUUUGAAAGUUUUGCCGCCGUGGAACGAACAUGAAGAAAAGGUGAGAACGCGACGGCCGCCGCCGCGUAGUGACCGCAUUUUCCCGCUACGCAGUUUCGACAUGGCCCCGGGGCUACUACCUGUUAACGACCACGGCAAUGUCAACACGACCGGGACACGCUGCUAAAAUACACCACUAAAGGUUACCAUGAAUCCAGAAAUGACUAUGGCAAUGAAGAGGCACGAGGAACGGGAGGCCCUGCGAAGCGUUAUCCAGCAAUGGAACGCCAAUCGACUGGAUCUUUUCGAACUCUCCGAGCCCAACGAGGAACUUCUUUUUCACGGUGUUAUGAGGUUCUACUUUCAAGAACCUGGCACGGGACAAAAGGUGGCCACGAAGUGCAUCCGAGUCGCUUCGGACGCUACUUCACAAGCCGUCAUUGAAACCCUUAUCGAGAAGUUCCGGCCGGACAUGAGGAUGUUGUCAGUUCCGGAGUAUGCCCUCUACGAGAUACACGAAAAUGGAGACGAGAGAAAAUUAGGGGUCGAUGAAAAGCCCCUGUUGGUGCAGUUGAAUUGGCAUAAGGACGACCGAGAAGGCAGAUUUUUGUUAAGACGAAUAGACGAAAAAACAAAUAUGCCUGCCGGUACGUUCCAAGAAGCUGGAUCUAGUUUUAAACGUAAGCUGUCCAAAAGGGAGAAGAAACAGCUUAAGAAACAAGAAAAACUUAACCGAGCCAAAAGUAAUGGUUUGAGCACCAACGACGAAAACGACGCUGGUGUCGCCGAAAAACUGUAUACAGAGUUACCAGAAACCAGUUUUACCAGGUCAAUAUCGAAUCCUGAAGCUGUUAUGCGUCGAAGACGUCAGCAAAAGUUAGAGCGUAAACUACAGGCGUUCCGCAGUAAAGACGGUGGUCCCGACACUGGUGGCACACUUAAAAUUUACGGAGAAUCACUUUGUAGAGACGUGCCGUAUAAGACGUUAUUAUUAUCUAUUAGAGAUACUGCACAGCAAGUCGUUAAAGAAAUGUUGGCAAAGUAUGGUUUAGAUAAAGUUGAUCCCCUCAAUUUCUGCCUUGUGCAAGUAAACAACGCAGUUAUCCCAAACGAAAAUAAUUCUGGAUUGAAUAACGGCGUUUCUGAGAACAAAGAAACGCUGAACAAUAAUAAUAGGGAAUAUAUAUUGGAUGACGACGAAUGUCCAUUAGCUAUUCUCAUGAACCAUCCCCAGACAAGAGGUUCCAUAAUGUUCCACGUGCGACGAAGACCGGCAGAUUACCAUCCGAGAAAGCGAAAAAAGAAACCGACGCAUAAGUGGAACCAACAGCACAGCACCAGCGAAAUGUUGGAGUACCGAUACGAAGACGGAUUAGAUAGACUGCCAUUCUUCUUGGAGCUCAACGCCGAUGGUUUAGAGAUGGUGAAUCCCAAGCGAUACCGCAUCCACCCCAAUGUGACUGAAGUCGGUUGUGAACGCCAGAAUCAGCCUCAGAGUAAUGCUCAAUGUCUACAGCUCAGUGGCCCCAACAUUCAAUCCCGACACUGUGUGAUAGCACACACCGAGGGUAUUGUUACCGUAACACCAUGUAGCCAAAACGCCGAGACUUAUGUCAAUGGACAACGAAUUUUCGAAACCACAAUUCUUCAGAACGGAUCGAUAGUGAAAUUUGGAAGAUUACACAAUUUUAGAUUUUUGGAUCCUUGUUACGAUGAACGACCAAGACCACGGACCAAUUCGUUGAAAAACGUUCAAGACUAUUACGAUAGCGGGUCUGUAGACAAUACUCAGCAUUCUUCAGUAUUGCAACAAAACUUUGAGACGACUUUUGACGUUGACGGUAAUAUUGAAACACGUUCGACUUCUAGCCAAGGAAACAAAGAUGACACUAGGUCACAGCGAUCGAUAACGAGUAGUCGAGACGGCAAUCGAAUGUCUGCUGUAUAUGGUCGUACCAGUGCUCAAGUAGCAGAUAACAUUCUACCGUGUGUUCUUGAAGUACGAGAAGAAACUGAAGAAGCUUGGAUUCACGCUGUUACAAUGGACGUCGAUCCGUCAACGUUGACAUUUAAGCAUGCUCCCGCAUACUGCUUGUACCUGUUGGCUAGAUAUAGAGCAUCGACGUCGUAUAGACCGGAUGUAACACCAAUGGAACGAGCCAAUAGACUGUCAUUGACUUUUGCCAAAGUCGCAACGAUUCUUUAUUCAAUGAUACAGGGAAAACAAAAUGAUUUGACUUUGCUUUCGUUUUGGCUCGCAAUCGUGACUGAAUUACGACAGUUUUUGCAUAGUGAUCGUCAUUUAUCUAAUUUUUUGAUGGAAACAAUUGAAAUGUUACACGAUACACAACAAGCUGCCAUGAGAUUUAUUGUUGAAUGUAUUCUCGAAGAACUUAUGGUUGUUCUACCAGACCUUUUCACAGAGAACAGUGAUGCAGAUAACGAACAUCUGCCAGCUAAUUCGAUUGUUAGCAAAUUGGGCAUGAUGAUGACAACUCUUCGGGAAGGUCGCGUAAAUGCGUCCUUAACCAUUCAAAUAUAUAACCAAGUAUUCCGGUUCAUCAAUUCAUGGGCAUUUAAUCGACUAAUCACUGCCGAUAUUAGUUACUAUACACGGGUGUGGGGCGCUCGUUUGAAAUCGCGUAUCAGUCGUUUGCAAGCGUGGGCCGAGAGACAAGGACUAGAAGUAUCAGCUGAUUGCCAGUUAGCACUUAUCUCACAAGCCGCCGAUUUGCUCCAUGCACCAAAAUACACCGGUGAGGAUCUAGCGAGUAUUACUUCGACGUGUUUCAAGCUCAACUCUCUUCAACUCAAGGCCUUAUUGGUCAAGUAUCAACCUGCUCACGACGAACCAAGACUGCCUCACGAACUUAUUGAUAAUGUUGUGCGGGUAGCUGAAAAUUUAGCAGAUGAAUUAGCUCGAUCUGAUGGCCGUGAAAUACGAUUAGAAGAAGACGACGAACUCAUGAUAACAUUUGUUCAGCCUGAAGAAGGAUUCAGCUAUGAAGUGGCCAGAGGCGUUCCCCCUGGUCUCAUCGAGUUCAUCCAACCUCUUCAACAAGCCGGCAUGUGUCGUCUAACGCUUCAUCCAAAUUCAUCUGGAUUAUGGACUGUGUACUUCUUGCCAAAUGUAAUUUCAUCAACAAUAUCACAAAAUGUUGAACAAAUAUUAUUUACCUUGGUUUUUCAUUUACAGGCACGAAGUCCAAGCGCAAUGAGUAAUAAAAGUGGGGGAUAUUCCAUGCAAGCUCCCGAUCCUGAUGUCCAGACUAUAAGAUUACAUAAGUCGAACAACGGAAUGGGCUUAAGUAUUGUUGCUGCAAAAGGUGCUGGCCAAGAAAGAUUGGGCAUUUACAUAAAGUCUGUAGUUAAAGGUGGUGCAGCGGAUGCAGAUGGUAGGCUUCAAGCUGGUGAUCAAUUAUUAAAGGUUGACGGACAAAGUUUAGUCGGUAUUACGCAAGAAAAAGCUGCCGAGUAUUUGGUUCGCACUGGACCAAUCGUAUCACUAGAAGUAGCGAAACAAGGUGCCAUACUCCAUGGCUUAGCUACGUUACUCUCUCAGCCAUCACCCGUCAUGACUAGAGCAUCCGUUUGUAGGGAAAGGCCAAUAUCUGAUUACCAACCCCGCGUGAAAGCCGAUAUCCCCCAAAGCAGUUUAUCCAUGCAUGACAUCCACGAAUGUAGCGAUGAAGAGGUGAUAACAACUUGGAUGACGGAAUCACUAUCUCUAUCAGGUCCUCGACGUAUGAGCGAGCGGGAUCUACCGUCACGGAUAUUAACCGAACAACAGCAAAACAUCGGCUCCAGAGGGCCACCACCUCACCAUCUGUCGCAAAUUCAAAGUUCGAAAUCGGUCCCUUCUCUCCAUAGCGUUGAAGGGGCUAGCACAACUAUACCACCUGCAGUAGGUAGGCCACCAACUCAACAUGAAGUAUUUAAUCCUGGGUAUAAUCGCACAUCAACUACUUAUAAUCUUCAACAACAAAAUACACUUAGAUCUCGGUCUAGCCAAAACUUAAACGAUCCUCGUCCGCAACCCCAAAUGGCUCUUCGGCAACCGUCUAAUCCAAAUCUUCUGAAUGGUAACUAUCAUCCAGAACGACCAUCAUCGGUACAUCCGAAUGUGUACCAACCUCAACAGCAUCCGGCUUACCAACAACACGUACAGCAACAGUUACUAAUGCAACAACAGUACAAUAGCCCAACGCCCGAAGCAUCGGGUGAACGUUUCUAUCAGAAUGUUAACCAAAUUUACAGGAACCAAGAACACAACGGAUACGGGCCUUCCGGGAAAAUGCCAAGUCCGCCCGACGAAAGAACUCCAAAUCAACUACAAAAAAGCUUCAGAGGAUCACAGUCGUCAUUACAGAGUCGACAAAGUGCCGAUACUUCCCAACAUUUCAAAGACAGGCCAUCUUCUGCAUACUUGUCCAAUAAAGAUGCGUACAAUGUUCAGAAUCAAGGAAUGACAAUGCGAUCACAGUCAUCAAGGGAUAUGUUAAGACAAGACGCUAAGCUGCAAGAGAUGACGGAAGAGGUGCGUCGCAGGGAAAUGAGAACCAGCGGAGUGAUGUCCCCGCAACAACAGCAGUACGCGACACAACAGAGGCCGCCAAAUCGAAACCAACCUUAUCAUGGUUACCAGGAUACCGCCAAGCCAGCUGCGUAUCAAGUAGAUCAAGUGAAACAACAGGAAGGAAUUCGUUCUCAACAAUACAAUCAGCCAAUGCGAGCUACAGUUCCAGAACCGAUGCCACCCGCUUACAGGGAAUCACCUCCGCCACCACCACCUCCACCGACUUCGACUCAUCCUCUAUAUCAAACAAGUCCACAACGUACCGAACCCAACCGUUACAUGGCCAGCGGGGGUGAGGCUCCCAGGGGUGGCUACUAUCAGACUCCAGCUGAACAAUCCAGACAACAGUAUCAGUAUCAAGGUACUAACCCUUGGCAGAGGGAAGAGAAAGAAAAAGAAGCAGAACGCAGACGAGAGGCAGCUAGGCUGUGGCGCGAUCAACAAUUAAGCGAACUGAUUGCGCUUGGUCCUAACAGGACCGUUAGUCAAGAAGAACAGUUGCGUGCUCUUAGGUUAGAAAAGGAAUUUGAACGUAGAGCCCAAGAAGAGGGAGAAGACGAAGAGGAAGACGAUCAACAAGAGGCUAAUGAAAGAGUGCAGCAAUUAAUGAGAAGUGCGCAGCAACAAAGCGAGAGACGAGGUCCUGCAAAUGUGGCUAGAACUCCAAACAAUAAUUACAACUAUAUGAAUGGUUCUACUAGAGGACCGCAGCCAACACCUUCUAAUGGCGUUAGUAAUGACGAAAAAGAACGGCUGAGAAGAUUAAAAGAAAUGAAAUCCAAACAAGUUGAAAUGGAAGCUAUGAGAGAAGCAGAACUAAAACUAAAGAGAAAGCAGGAAGAAGAAUUGAAAUAUCAACAACAGCAACAGCAACUGCUUAAUCAGUCUUACAACAAUAACACGCCGCCUAAUCGAUUGAAUCGAUCAAUUAAUCCACCAAAUAACUUAUUGUUGGACAACUCGGGUUAUGGGUUCAGCCCGUCGUCACAGGGAACUUUACCGUCCCAAAGACUAGACAAUUUAGUGGGAGGACCUAACAAUAAUGAUCCACCGCAACCACCGGAACGUGGUUCGUCGUAUGCUGUAAUGAGUCAAGUGGAAACCAAAGUCCAGCCUAAAACAUUGACACACACAUCAACACCGAACGGAGUAGUUACACCGAAUGCAAACACUACACCAAAGCGUGUAUCGUUCCAAGAUCCUACUUCUGUUCCAACUUCUCCUUCGCCACCGUUGGAGAAAAUCAUUGAGGAUCCAGAUAAUUUCAUCGAUCAAGCGGAAACAAUGUUAGCAUCUCCUCGUAGUCCAGACGUACAGUUCACGAGUUGCAAUACACCAGGAGUGAUUGGCUCUCAAGAAGUAUACAGAGAUCCUAGGCAGCGUUUGUUAGCAGAACAACAGAAACAACAAAUGUCCAACAAAGCCGGAAGUACAGUACCGGAAAAGUUGAGUUUCAAAGAAAAAAUGAAAAUGUUCGCUAUGGAAACCGGAGAAGACGGUACACCCAAAGACAAAGUAAAAAUAUCAAAGGCUCAACGGGAGAUCGACAACUUAGGAACACCAACUACACCUUUAGCAAAUUAAAAUUAGUUAUUUUUCGACAAAAUACACAAGUAUGCACUAAAACAUCCCAUUAAAAUUAAGUAUUAUUAUUAUUAUUAUUAUUUUUUCUAUGACAAAGAUUUUCUGUAAUCUUAUCCAUUGUAAUA